UGUUGUGUUGCAAAAAUCCGGGCUUGGAACUGUGGGCUGGCGUGCCGCACGCACGCUCGGCUCUCCGGGAGCACUUGGGGCAGCUUCUGAGGGCGGGGUGGACUGCACGAGGCUCUCUUGGCCGGCGAGGGAGCCUCCCCGCCCGUGAAUUUUCACCCAAUCGGACUCGGUUUGGGAAUUGAACACUGUUUCUCGGGCGCGCUGAGGCCGGCCUCUGCGACAGCGAGUCGUCACCUUUUUCCCGCUGACAUCUGGCAGAGGAUUCUAGGGGCGUGGGGGAAGCACCUGAUCGGGCAAGGCAGGAGACGCUGACUUUGGGAAGAUCUGUUGCUUUCCCCCCACCCCCACCCCGUUUUCUGCUCCCCGAUUUGUUUCCCAGUCAUUUUUGCCCAGCCAUGUCGCCAGCUCCGGCAGCCCAGGCUCCUGCGUCCGUGUCCCUGUUUGACCUCAGCGCUGAUGCUCCGGUUCUUCGGGGCCUGAGCCUGGUGAGCCACGUUCCCGGCGAGGCGCUGGUGCAGGCUCUGCGGACUUCCGGUCCAGGCCCAGAGGAGAGAGUGAAUCCAGGAAGAAAACCUCUGGAAAUUUCUGACAAGUUAUUCUGUUCGACAUGUCAGCAGGCCUUCCAGAACCACCAGGAGCAGAGGGAACAUUAUAAGCUGGACUGGCACCGAUUCAACCUGAAGCAGCGUCUCAAGGACAAGCCUUUUCUGUCCGCCUUGGACUUCGAACGGCAGAGCUCUGCAGGAGAACUUUCCAGCAUCUCAGGGUCAGAAGACUCUGACUCGACCAGUGAUGAGGACACGCAGACGGCGGCGGAGGAGAAGGCCGAGCACGAGAAGCCCGGCCGGCCCCAAGGCUUUCAGCCGCAUCAGCUGCUUUUCCAGAAUGCCCAGGGCCAGUUUCUUUCUGCCUAUCGCUGUGUCCUGGGCCCUCGAAAGGCGCCCCCCGAGGAGGCGGAGAUGCUGCUCCAGAACCUGCAGAGCGCGGCUGCCAGGAUCUGCGUGGUGCUGAUGGCGGCGGCCGGGCACUUUGCCGGUGCCGUGUUCCAGGGAAGAGAAGUGGUGACGCACAAGACCUUUCACCGCUACACGGUGCGGGCCAAGCGGGGCACAGCCCAGAGCGUGCAGGAUGCUCGGGGCGGGGCCUGCCGCUCGGCUGGAGCCAGUCUGAGGCGCCACAAUGAAGCCGCGCUCCACCAGGAUGUUCGGGACCUGCUGGCGGGGCCGGUCUGGGCUAAGGCGCUGGGGGAGGCUGGGACAGUACUGCUUCGUGCCCCACGCUCAGGCCGGUCCUUGUUCUUCGGAGGACCUAGGGCACCUCUGCAAAGGGGGGACCCCCGACUUUGGGAUAUCCCCCUCACUACCCGCAGACCCACCUUCCGAGAGCUCCAACGUGUGCUCCACAAACUGACCACCUUGCUUGUCCACGGAGAAGAUCCACGGGAGUCAGCUCGGUCUGAAGUGACUCAGAGACAGUGGAAGGCAGCGGUUGAGAAGAAGAAGGAUGUCCAAGGAGAAAGCCAAGUUCCCAGCGACAGCAACAGGGCCCCGCAGCGCAGGGAGGAUUCUGCAGAGCCAGGCUCGGGGUCAGAGGGCGAGGAUGGCUGCCCGCUUGAAUUGGAGCUGGUCGAGUUGACGCUGGGCACCCUGGGCCUCCGGGAGUUUGAGGUGUUGCCCAAGCGGAGGAGGAGGAGACGGAAUAAGAAGGAGAGGAGCCAGGACACACAGGCCGGGACCCCACAUCUACCCCCGCCACCCCACGGCGAGGACACGGGGUGUCAGCCGGCUCCAGCCCCGGUGGCGGCCGAGGGCCCAGGCCAGCCAGAGCGCGGGGCCGUGCUCCUUGCAGCUUGCCGGGCUGGGGACGUGGGGGUGCUGCGGCCCCAGCUGACUGCCAGCCCCGUGGAGCCCGAAGUCCUGUCUCUGCUCAACGCCCCCCUGGGCCCCGGGGGCUUCACCCUCCUGCACGCAGCAGCUGCCGCCGGAAGGGGCGCUGUGGUCCGUCUGCUGCUGGAGGCCGGGGCCGACCCCACCGUGCUGGACUCCCAGGCCCGGCCGCCGUACGUGGUGGCCGCGGACAAGUCCACGCGCAGCGAGUUCCGCCGGUUCAUGGAGCAGCAGCCGGACGCCCACGAUUACGGCAAGGCGCAGGUGCCAGGGCCGCUGAGCGCGGCCAUGGAGGCACAGCGGGCGGCGCGGAGGAGGGAGCAGCGGGCGGCGCGCCGGCAGCGCGAGCAGCAGCAGCGCCAGCAGCAGGAGCAGGCGCGGCGGGAGCAGGAGGAGCGGCAGCGAUUCGCCGCCCUCAGCGACCGGGAGAAGAGAGCCCUGGCUGCCGAGCGCCGGCUGGCCGCCCAGCUGGGAGCCCCCUGCCCGCAGGGCCCCGAGUCCGAGGCCGCCGUGAGCAAUGUCCGGCGCUGCUGGAGCUGUGGCGCCUCCCUCCAAGGCCUCGUCCCCUUCCACUACCUGGACUUCUCCUUCUGCUCCACGCGCUGCCUCCGGGAGCACCGCGGGCGCGCAGCGGGGCGGGCGGCGUCCUGACCCGGGCCGAGAGGGACCCGAGAGGGACCCGGGCCCGAGGCUCCCGCUCUGCAGAGCCCCGAGGGCGGAGGGCCAAGACGGGGGGCGCUGGAACUUGAAUCACAAUAAAGGUCGGCCAGGAGAACCCGCACUCGGACAGACGGACGGUCGGAGGGUCACUCGUGCCCCG